AUGGCAGAAUUAUUUAUGGAAUGUGAAGAAGAGGAGCUUGAACCAUGGCAAAAGAGAGUGAAAGAAGUGGAGGAGGAUGAUGAGGAUGAUGAUGAGCCAAUCUUUGUUGGGGAAAUCUCAAGCUCGAAGCCAGCUACUACAUAUAUAUUGAACAGAAUCAACCUCAGCUCAUCACGAAGGGGGAUACAGAAUGGUGCACCCAGUAGAGACUCGGUUCAGCCGUUGUCUAUACCAGUGAAUGUUUCAGGAACUUCACAAACACUGCAGAGACCAGUUGCUGGAUGUUUAUCAACACAGCAGAUGCCUGGGUCAAGUUCUGGAAUAACACAGCCUGUUAGCAGACCUGUAACCAUUCCAGUGACGACACAGCCAGUAUCGAGAAAUAUCACGAUUCCUGUAGUGGCUCAACCUGUAUCCAGGCCAGUGACUACUGUAACAGCACAGCCUGUAAUACUCAAUCAGGAUUAUAUUAUGGAUUCUCCACCAGCUGCACCAGAUAAUACAUCUGGUAUACUGUUUGGUGUGAGACACAACUCGGGAGUUCCACAGUACCAGACUGGGCCAGCAGUGAAUGUAACAG